AUGAUGAUGAAGAUCAGCCUCCUCCUCCUCCUCUUCAGCAGCACUGUGUCCGUACAGGGAUCAGUGUUGUCAAGAAUCUACAAUUACAUCAAUGUUUAUUACACCUGGGAGGAAGCUCAAGCUUACUGCAGACGGUGAGGUCCACUUUUCAUUCACACUGUCGUCAGCGUAGAGUUUGAUGUUACAGCUGCACAGAACCAGGAUGAAACAGAGAGAGCGGGUCUGCCUCACAGGUCAGGCAGGAAACGGGUCAGCAUACAGAAAACAGAGAGGGGUCCGGCUGCAGACCUCCACUGACAGGACCCACCUUCACUGAGAGGACCCGAGGUGACGCUUUUUACUCACACGCUCCAGUUUGUCUGAAGUGGUCCUCCUGUUUUGUCUUUGUUAGACACAUAAAUACACAAAAAAUCAUAUUAACAUUAAAUACAUAAAAAAAACAAGAAGAAAAAAUUAGAUUCACAGGAGACCAAAAAUACGUACUUCCUGGUCGAAUCGCUUUUAUUUUGAAAGGCUUCGAAUCAACUUCUGACGUAAAAGAAAACAUACUCCCGGUAUAUCUGCUUUUAUUUUGAAAGCUUUUAAAUCAACUUCCGGUCCUCACAGUGGAGGUCUGCAGCCAGACUGUCUUGGAAAAACGGUCAAAUGUACAAAAAACAGUCAGGCAUAAAAAAAAACGGAAAGUACAGAAAAACAAGAAGAAGAAGAAAAAAAAGGUCAAGUGUACAGAAAAACGGACUGAUUUUAGUGAGUUUGAUGACCGGGUCAGAGGAUCUCUUAAACUCAUGUUGGGUGGUCCUGGUCUGCAGCGUCAGUAUCUGAAGUGGUCCACAGAUGGAACAGGGGUGAUCCGGUGGUCUAGGCUCAGAGUAGUACCUGUGUGUUCUGAUCCAACAGACGAGCUCCUGUAAGAGGUUAAUGCUGGUUCUGAUAGAGAGUGGAUCACAGCUGACUGUACGACCACAGACCGGGUCAGGGUCAGGGACACGUGAGCAUCAGAACUGGACCACAGAGCGAUGGAAGAAGGCGGCCGGGUCCAUGAAUAAAACAGUUUUUGUUCCUCCUGACAGUCACAGCUACUACACCGACCUGGCCCUCUUCUACACCGAGUCGGACCGAGACCAGGAGCUCUUCUACUACUACAAUGUCUGGGUCGGCCUGGAGAAGAUCAACAAUGAUUGGACCUGGACUCAGGGAGGAAAACUCAACAGCCUUGAGCUCGGACCCAAUGAGACGCACAGCUUUCAAACCUGUGCUUACUAUGACCACCUCCGUAAAAGGUAAAGGGGGCGGACCUACUUCAUGGUUUUAUACUUUAAAAUGCUUUAAGUGUUUUUAGGCGUUCAGUGUUUCACGUGAAAUCAAACUAAACUGUAUUUUUCCCCGACAGGAUGUACGGCAGCAGCUGUGAAACACGUUACUUCUUCAUCUGCUACGAUAACAGCGGUAACAAUUACAGGUUUAUAUCACGGGCCAUGUCACAGCCGGACGCCGCACAGUACUGCAGAACACAUCACAAAGGCCUCGCCCCUUUCCCGAACGUCUUGGAUAUGAGGUCAAGGAUCCACAACGAGAACUUUCCUGCCUGGAUCGGUCUGCACAGCGACGGUAAAAAAGAGUUUCUAAAUGACGUCACCCGUUUUCUUAAGCUAACGUUAAAUCUGCAGAGUCCUCUCAAUACGAUUAUUUAAUAAAAGCCAAUAUCUUCAACUUUUUAAAACCCAGUAGCUCUAAAAAGAGAAUUUUAUGUCUUAAGUUUUGCUGUUUGCUCUGCAGGAGAUGAUUGGGUGUGGAGCGCAGGGUUGUCAGACUACAGAGGCUGGGGAUUAAAUGGGCCUGGAGACGGCGGCGGCUGCGUCACCCUCCUGUCUGAAUCAAAGCAAAUGGUUACCCGAGACUGCUCCGAAAGACUUCCAUUCCUCUGCUACAGGGACAACCUGAUCCUGGUGAAGGAGAACAAGACCUGGGAGGAGGCUCUGGACCACUGCCGGUCCAUAACCUCUGAGAGGUGGGAGCUGAUCAGCGUGCAGCCCGGAUCAGAACACGAGGUCGUGAUCGCUUCGAUCAUGGGUGCCGACACUGAGGAGGUGAGUUUGAGGAAGGCUGAGGUGAGAUAAACAAGACGAUUGACGACGUGAUCGAUUUUUGACGCUGUGAGCGGUGUUAGCUAAGCGGCGAGAGAAACGGCCGUUUUUACACUUUCCCCGUGAAAUCUUUACAACGACUAAAUUUAGACGGUAGAGACAGAUCUGUGUCAAAAUCACUCAGUUCGUUUACAGUCUCAGUUUAAUCAGACUAAGAUCAUAAUUCGUCUUUUUCUCUGAAUCAGACUUCUCUCCUCGUCCUCGUUUACAUGCAGCUGAGAAAAUAGUAUUAUUGACGUGAAUGUGUCCUCCUCCCCAACACUAGGGGGCGAUAUGGGUCUUUUCAGCUGCGCUUUUUCCGACCUCAUACAACCAUCAAUAACAACUGAUUUCUGCUGAUGAGACGAACGCUACUCCUCUUCUCUGGUGUUUUUGUUACGGGGUUACAGAGGCGUGGCACACGCACACAUAUAUUGUCCGAUCAAACUCCGACUACGCUGGUUACAUGGUCAAGAAAAUCGAAUUCCAAUCUCAUUAUCAGAGUGUCUUAAUCGGAGUUCUUAAACUCUGAUUAUAGUCGGACUAAAGUGUUUACAUGAACUUCAGCUGUCCGGUCUUAAUCGGAAUAAGGCGAUAAUUCAGUUUGUGACUGUUGAAACACGGAGGGGAGGGGAUUUUCCGGACGCCGGAGCAUGGCGGAUAAAUUCAGCACAGAUUAACCCGUGCUGGAAAGGAAGUCGGGCACAGACACAAAAUAAAACAUCCGGCUUCUUUUCAAAAUAAAACACUCCGUGUUUCAGGAGGAUCGUAUUUCACACCAUGCAAACAGGCGGAGACGAACAAGAGAAAGGUUUUUAGACGUCAUUUCACCCCGAUGACACCAUGGAUGAGGAGAUGCUGAUUCUAGAAGUCUAGAAGUAGAUUUCCUCCUCUGGAAGGACACAAUCUACUGCUUAUAUGUCUAUGUGUCUGUCUUUAGAGAGACAACUCGUUAUCGUGCGAUUGAACGUGAUUCAGCGGGUUCUUGUGAGUUCUCGUGACUUCUGUCGUCCGCCACGAAAUUCGCCUCACAAACAGAUCUGGUAGGAAUUGGUGGACAGGGAAAUUGUCGUCAUUCUGGAUCGGAGUCGUUCAGGAUGUGGUGGAAAUUCAGGGUUACUCAGCAUUUGUACGUAUCAAACUUCUCUCUCUCUCUCUCUCUCGCUCUCUCUCUCUCUGUGAAACUCGCUGCAUGUGUUCGUAGGCGUCAUUGUUUCCCCGUGAGCACCAGCUCUGCUCAUAAACUUCCUGCUAAGAUGACAUCAUGGUCCUAAAAGUAGACGUUGAAUCGCACAAACAUAAAACCGCACAGAGGGGCGGUAAACGAGCGUGUUUGCAGGUCUCCUGGAGUUUCUUCUUCGUCCUGAAGGUAAAAGUCAGGUGAUUGUUUUUCCAGCUGGUGCAGCGUCUCCUUAAAGCCUGGUUUCUUCUCUUCAGGUGUGGUCGGGUCUCCGCUUCAUGGAGGGUUUCUGGUGGUGGGUGGACGGGGCCGUCAUGUUGUACUCUGACCUGCCCGGCUGUCCCCGUGAUUGGCGGCACUGUGGAGCUCUGUCCAAGAACGACACGGUCAGCCUGAAGCCCAGAGACUGUCUGGAGAAGAAGAACUUCCUCUGCUACAGAUACUAG